AUGAUUGCUUUCAAUAUAUCCAGCAUUAUACCAGAUAAUUUUAAUCAACCACGUCCCGAAUUCAAUUUGAUAGGUGCGGACUGGUACGGACUCCAGAAUUACCUCCAAACAUACCUUCCCAUCUGUAAUCGAGAAAAUCCCCAGGCAACUGAACUAUCUAUCGAUAGCUCAAUCGAAAUGAUUAAAACUGCAUGUAACAAAUUUAUCCCUAGAUACAUCAGCAAUAGGAAACACAUAGCGCCUUGGUGGAAUGAUGACCUGAGAACUUUUCGAACUGUUAACAUAAGGCUAAGGAAGACUUUUCAGAGAUGCCAUGUUGAACCACAGCGCUCCAUUCACAAGAUAAAUUAUCUUGAACAUCUUAAAAAUUAUAAAAAUGCUAUUAAGAUGGCUAAGUUUAAUUCUUGGAGAGAAUUUUGUAGGAAUGUUGGAAAUAACUUCUGGGGAUUCAUCACAAGAUAUUGCACAAAAAAACUAAGGCGAAAACAAAUACUGCACUCUACCAACAUCGGACAAACUUUUGAGGAGGUUGCCAACAGGAAAAUGGACACUUUCUGUCUUCCAGAUCAUAUAUUUCAGGAGAAUGAGCAACAUCGUAUCGUACGAGAGAACAUACAAAGUAAUAUAUACACCAAUGACACUCUUGAGUUUACCACUGAAGAAACAGCUUGGGCGCUUACAAAAAUGAACAACAAAAAAGCAGCAGGAUACGAUGAUAUUACGCCACUUUUGGCGAAACAACUGUGGGUUAUUAUACCUGAUCAACUAUCUGAAAUUUACAACACAUGUCUAAGAAUUGGAAUAUUUCCUAAUUCUUGGAAAAGGAAAGGAUCGUAA